GAGGCGAGGCCGGGUGCGGCGGCGAGGGCGUCCCAACGGGCGCGGGACGGGACGGGGCAACGCGGGCGCCAGGAGCAGCGGCCCGGAGUCGGGGCGCCUUGCCCCGGGCCCCCCCAGCAUGAAGACCCCGGCGGACACAGGGUUUGCCUUCCCAGACUGGGCCUACAAGCCGGAGUCAUCCCCUGGCUCGAGGCAGAUCCAGCUGUGGCACUUCAUCCUGGAGCUGCUGAGGAAGGAGGAGUAUCAGGGCGUCAUCGCCUGGCAGGGGGACUACGGGGAGUUCGUCAUCAAAGACCCCGAUGAGGUGGCCCGCCUCUGGGGGGUCCGCAAGUGCAAGCCCCAGAUGAAUUAUGACAAGCUGAGCCGGGCCCUGCGCUAUUACUACAACAAGCGAAUUCUGCACAAGACCAAGGGGAAGAGGUUCACCUACAAGUUCAACUUCAACAAACUGGUGCUGGUUAAUUACCCUUUCAUUGAUGUGGGGCUGGCUGGAGGUGCGGUGCCCCAGAGCGCCCCUCCAGUGCCAUCGGGUGGCAGCCAUUUCAGAUUCCCUCCCUCAACGCCCUCCGAGGUGCUGUCCCCCACCGAGGAUCCCCGCUCUCCGCCGGCCUGCUCUUCGUCGUCCUCUUCUCUCUUCUCUGCUGUGGUCGCCCGACGCCUGGGCCGGGGCUCAGUCAGUGACUGUAGCGAUGGCACCUCAGAACUGGAGGAACCUCUGGGAGAGGACCCCCGGGCGCGACCACCUGCCCCUCCAGAGCUGGGUGCCUUCCGAGGGCCCCCCCUUGCCCGCCUCCCGCAUGACCCUGGUGUCUUCCGUGUCUACCCUCGGCCCCGGGGUGGCCCUGAGCCCCUAAGCCCCUUCCCUGUGUCACCGUUGGCUGGGCCUGGUUCCCUUCUGCCCCCUCAACUCUCCCCAGCUUUGCCUAUGACGCCCACCCACCUGGCCUACACACCCUCACCCACGCUGAGUCCCAUGUACCCUAGUGGUGGCGGGGGCCCUAGUGGCUCAGGGGGAGGUUCCCACUUCUCCUUCAGCCCAGAGGACAUGAAACGGUACCUGCAGGCCCACACCCAAAGCGUCUACAAUUACCACCUCAGUCCCCGCGCCUUCCUGCACUACCCGGGGCUGGUGGUGCCCCAGCCUCAGCGCCCUGACAAGUGCCCGCUGCCGCCCAUGGCACCUGAGACCCCGCCGGUCCCCUCCUCAGCCUCGUCUUCCUCUUCCUCCUCUUCAUCCCCGUUCAAGUUUAAGCUGCAGCCACCUCCAUUAGGACGUCGACAGCGGGCGGCUGGAGAGAAGGCUCCCGGAGGCACUGACAAGGGCAGUGGUGGCAGUGGCCCUGGUGGGCUGGCCGAGGGGGCAGGCGCGUUGGCCCCCCCACCGCCACCACCCCAGAUAAAGGUGGAGCCCAUCUCAGAGGGCGAGUCAGAGGAGGUGGAGGUGACUGACAUCAGCGAUGAGGAUGAGGAAGACGGGGAGGUGUUCAAGACCCCCCGUGCCCCGCCUGCUCCCCCCAAGCCAGAGCCUGGAGAGGCACCGGGGGCGGCCCAGUGCAUGCCCCUUAAGCUGCGCUUUAAGAGGCGCUGGAGUGAAGACUGUCGCCUGGAGGGGGGUGGGGCCCUCUCGGGGGGCCCUGAGGAUGAGGGUGAGGACAAGAAGGUGCGUGGGGACAUGGGCCCUGGGGAGGCUGGGGGACCCCUCACCCCACGACGGGUGAGCUCUGACCUCCAGCACGCCACAGCCCAGCUCUCCCUGGAGCAUCGAGAUUCCUGAGAGCUGUGGGCAAGGGCCCCCGUGAGCCCCCCCAACUCCCUGAGCUUUUGCUGCCUUAACUCCU